CGUUUCCAUCGUUUUAUGAACAUAGUUGUCCUUUAAACACAAAUGGCUUUGAGCUCGUCGAGCUUUGUGUUAGAUAUAGGAGGUGAAUUACGAGCCCUGCAGGGCUUAAUGCGAGCACAAAUGCGCCUCGGUCUUUCAGUACAAUACGGAGGCAAACAAACAACAUGUGCGUUGCCAGAAGUGUUUGGAGAUGGGACACUGGACCUACGAAUGCACGGGGAAGCGGAAAUAUGUGCACAGACCGUCAAGAACGGUUGAGAUGAAAAAGAAACUCAAGGAGAAUGAAAAUAAACCCCUCAGCAUCACUGGACCAGGACAAGAAGGCUCCAGUGAGAAGAAAAUUAAAAAGAAGGCUAAAGACUCCAGCGACAGCAGCAGUGAUUCAGGCGGCUCCUCAAGUGACUCAUCGUCAGACAGCAGCGACUCCUCCAGCUCCUCUUCAGAUGACAGCGACAGCAGCAGUGACAGCGACGAUGACAGCUCUUCCUCAUCUUCCUCUUCCUCCUCCUCCUCUUCGUCCUCGGAUAGCUCAGACUCAGGAAGCAGCAGUGAUUCAGAUCAAGGACCUCCAAAGAAGAAGAAAAAGAAGAAAUAAAUAAAUACGUUGGAAUAAGUGGGUUUUAUUGUUGUUGUUUAUGUCCCUAAGUAAAUUUUAGCUGUUCGCAGUUGUUUUCCUCUAUCACAUUGUAGUUUGUUGGAUCUGAAUGGAUAGGACAACUUUAGGGCUGUAAAUCUUAGUUGCAUACUGCUCCUCCACUAAAGAAAUGGAGAUUAGAAAGAAGAAAUUAUUUUGGGUUGGCCAUUGUGUCAUGUUCUGUUUUCAAAACAUUUCCCCUGUUACUUCUAUUAAUGUGAUAUUUUCUCAAGUUUGUAGGUCUACUGAGGAUAUCAGUUUUAAAUAUCUGAGGAACCUAAUGUGCAUAUUCAUGUUGAAUUUGUGGUUUUGUACUAAAGUAUAUUUUUAGUCAAACAUGUACAGCUCACAACCUUAAUAAAGCAAUGCCAUAUCUAGUAUAGAAAAGACAUUGAUAUGAAACAUUUUAAAGGAUACUGAAUAAAAGUUCUGUUUCUUAAAUUUUGAAUUAGUUUAAACUUAGAUGGUCUUGUUGCUAUGAAAUUGCAGUUGCUUGUUUCACUGUAAAAAAAAAAAACUUUGUUUUUAAGGCUCUUGCAUAUUUGCUAUUGUACAAGGUUUUAUUUUGCUAAUGAGAGACAUUAUAAUGACUUUACAAAUAUGAAUUUGAGAAUAAAAUGGUAAUAAAUUGUC